AUGAUUUUCAAUUGUACAGAUGUGCAGACAGAAGACAACAAGUUCUUAUGUCGAGUUUGUUUGAAAAGCUUUCCUUUGCAGCGACUUCUCAAUCGCCACGUCAAGUGCCACACGGACAUCAAACGCUACCUCUGCACAUUUUGUGGCAAAGGUUUCAACGACAUUUUCGAUUUGAAGAGACACACAAGAACACACACUGGAGUCCGUCCAUACAAAUGCGAGCAUUGUGACAAGGCAUUCACACAACGUUGUUCACUGGAGUCACACGCGCGGAAGGUGCACAACGUUCAGUUCAAUUACAAGCACAAGGAAAGGAGAGAUAAGUUGUACGUGUGUGAGGAGUGUGGUCACUCGACGAGACAGUCCGAGGAGCAUUUUGUACACAUGAAUGACCAACAUCCACACGUGCCUACGUCCAACGAAUGUUCAAACAUUCCUCCAGCUUCACAGGAAAAUGUUCAUUCCAGAGCAAGUUGUCUUCGUGGGAGUAUCAAUGCUGAUGUUACUGACCAGGUCAGUUGUGGUGGCAGUAAUGACCGGAACAAUCAUGCUGGUUGUGAUGACCAAACCAACAAUGUAAAGGAGGAAAGUGAAGACAGCGAUGAAGAGAUAGAUGUUGAAUCACCAGUUGUUAACUUAUUUCCAUACACAUGA